AUGCUAGACCCACGAAUAUUGCCAUACUACAACCCUGCCGUGGACCGGAAGAUUGCCGUGGUGACGGGUGGGAACACCGGGAUCGGUUGGUAUACCGUUCUGCACCUUUAUUUGCACGGGUUCGUCGUUUACAUAUGUGGGAGAAACUCCCACAAGAUCUCGAAGGCUAUCCAGGAGAUACUCGCGGAGGCGAAGAAGCGGUGCCAUGACCGGGGCGACGGCCCAGGCCCGAAUAUACGGCGGCUGGGGUCUUUGCAUUAUAUCCAUUUGGAUCUGACGGACUUGAAAUGCGUGGAAAGGGCGUCGUUCAAGAUUUUGAAGCUGGAAGACCAUAUCGAUGUGUUGAUCAACAACGCAGGGAUCAUGGCGGUGCCCUUGGAGAUGACGAAGGAUAGGUUUGAAGUACAAUUGCAGACGAACUACAUUUCGCAUUUCUUCUUCACGAUGAAACUGCUUCCCCUGCUUCGUCACUGUCACGGUAGAGUCAUCUCUCUGUCCUCUGUGGGCCAUCGGCUCGAAGUGAUGUACUGGACUCUAUGCAAGACAUGGGACUACAAGCCCAACAUGCUUUUUACCUGGUUUCGGUACGCAAUGAGCAAGACGGCGCUGAUCCAAUGCACGAAGAUGUUGGCCAUUAAGUACCCGGACGUCCUGUGCCUGUCCGUCCACCCGGGCCUGGUGAUGAACACAAACCUGUUCAGCUACUGGACAAGACUGCCCAUUGUGGGCAUUUUCUUCUGGCUCCUGUUUCAGGUCGUCGGGUUCUUUUUUGGCGUAUCCAACGAACAAGGCUCGCUGGCCACUCUAAAAUGCGCAUUGGACCCUGCGUUGUCGGUCGAGACAGACAACGGGAAGUACUUCACCACGGGGGGGAAAGAAUCUAAGUCGAGCUACGUUUCCAACAACGUCGAUGACGCAGCUUCGACCUGGAUCUGGACCGUCCAUCAGCUGAGGGACCGCGGAUUCGAGAUAUAA